AUGAAAUACAAGGCUUUUACAACCCUACUUCUCUUCUAUAUUCUCCUCCUCACCAUCAACCCCAACCUUGCCCAGCCGGUAUGUAACGACGGCGCCACUUUUUGCUGGUACUGUCCCAACAUAGGUGACUCCCCGUCGGCUACAUACAAAGCAAAUCUCAAUAAUCUCUUGCUCUUCUCAACCCAGAAACCUCAAAACGACGUCGUCGGAUAUUACAACGCGACAAACGGCACAGAGCCCGAUGAUAAAGUCACCGUGAUCGGGCUAUGCAGGGGAGAUGUCGGGAGCCAAGAACUUUGCCGGAGUUGCUUGAAUGAAACUUCGACUUGGGUUUUGGAAAAAUGUCCAACUCAAAAGAAGGCAAUCAUAUGGGGUGAGCAGUGUAUGGUACGGUGGUAUUCGAGCAACUCAUCGAGCAUGGACGAUGGCGAGUCACUCAAGACGUUGGAAAGCCCCAACAGAUACUCAGACGUUGGUGCUGAAACGUUCAAUGGAGGGUUAAAGUUUCUGGUCGAUGAGUUGACCAAGAAGGCAAGUUCGAGUGGUGUAAAGUACGCAUCAGGUAGUGCCAAUGUCUCGGAGUCUCGGAAAAUCUUCUCUCUUGUUCAAUGCAUGCCGAGCAUGAGCCAAAAGGAGUGUAGCGAUUGCUUGAAUGACUCCAUUUCGAAGAUCCCAGGGCACUGUUGUGGUGGUGUUGAUGGAGCCAGAGUACUUAAACCUAGUUGUACUCUUCGAUACGAGAGCACAUCUUUCUACACCACUACUGAUCGAACAUUUGAUCAAUCGUUUUUGACGCCUACUGUUGAUCCCCUUGUACCCCGUCCACCAGGAAAAAAUAAAACAGAGACCAUUGUUAUCUCUGUUGUAGCGAGUGUUAUUGGAGUGGUAGUACUUGUCAGUAGCAUAUGGAUUUACUUGAAGAUUUGGAGGAACAAGCCAAGAAGAGAAAAAAUUGAAAAUAUGUAUACAAAGGAAAUUGGAAGCGUUGAACCCCAACAAUUCGAUUUCGCCACUAUUAGGGCGGCAAUAGAAGACUUUUCUGACAAAAAUAGACUUGGUCAAGGUGGUUUCGGACCCGUUUACAAGGGUAGGCAUAAUGGACAAAAUAUAGCUGUGAAAAGGCUGUCUAAGAGUUCUCAACAGGGUGACCUAGAGUUUAAGAAUGAAGUUAAGUUGGUUGCUAAUCUUCAACAUCGGAAUUUGGUUAGACUAUUGGGCUUUUGUUUGGAUGGAAAGGAAAGACUUCUCAUUUAUGAAUACGUCUCCAAUUCAAGCCUUGAUAAAUUCAUAUUCAAUUCAAAUAAGCGUGCGAAUAUGGAUUGGGAUAUGCGUUACAAAAUAAUUGAAGGCAUUGCUCGUGGCAUAAUUUAUCUUCACGUAGAUUCUAAUUUAAGAAUUAUUCAUCGAGAUCUCAAAGCUAGUAACAUUAUGUUGGAUGAAAAUAUGAAUCCUAAGAUAUCAGAUUUUGGAAUGGCAAGAUUAUUUGGAGUUGAUCAAACUCAAGACAAUACCAACCGAAUUGUAGGGACAUAUGGGUAUAUGGCUCCAGAAUAUGCAGUUCAUGGACAUUUUUCAUUUAAGUCAGAUGCAUUUAGUUUUGGUGUGUUACUCUUGGAGAUCGUGAGUGGACAAAAGAAUAACUCUUUCCAACAUGAUGGAGAAGAAGAAAAAGAAGAGGAUGGUGACCUUUUAACUUAUGCAUGGAAAAUUUGGAGGGAUGGAAACUAUUCAAGUUUUAUAGACCCUAUCAUUUUUGGGUGUUCAAGAACUGAAGAAAUAAUACGAUGUGUUCAUAUUGGAUUGCUGUGUGUGCAAGAAAAUCAGGCUCAGAGACCAACAAUGAACUCAAUUCUUCACAUGCUUAAUACUCACUCUGAGGCUCUUGCUGAACCAUCAAAACCAGCAUUGUUCAUCGAAAGUACUUAUUUUGGAUCAGCAGUAAUGACUCAAUCAAAUAAUUCCAAGAGUGAUUAAGUUUCAAGAAACCACGAAUGAUGAGCAAAGAUCACCCAAAUUCAAAAUUAGUCAACCCUCGUUGAGGCCACCUUUCUUCAUGUCAUUUUCCAAGCAAUUGUUGUAUGUACCAUUAUAUGAGUGUGGUACGUGUACUAAAUUUAUAAGAAAUAUUAGCAAUAUUUGAUAAAUAUAAAUAUAAGAAAUCAUAUUUUACAUGCACUACAAAAAACAAGGGUGAGAACAAAUGUCGUCAGUAGAAGCUAGAAUUUUCUCGGUACAACUUUUACCGAGAACAUGUUCUUGGUAGUAGGUCCUCAGUACAGCCGCGUCGGUAGAGGUAAAUAUCUACUAAUGACAUUCAAUAUGUUCUCGGUAUAAGUUGUAUCGAUGACAUUGUCCUCGGUGUAGAGUUGGCAAUAUCCUUGGAUGGGCUCCUCAGUAUAGACUGUGCCGAGAUUUUUUUUUAUAUGUGUGUUACACCCAGAUUUCGAGACAAGAAGUUGUGACCUCAAAAUUGGACUCGUCAAGUGUGAGCUUGAAAUGUAUGAAAACAUUGUAUGGUCCAGCUGUAAAAUCUCUGAAGUAAAACAACAACCUCGAAUAUGUGUAAUCUCGGGAUAUUUUCUGAGUUCGAAAUGACACGACAUUGGGAUAGUUCCGUUGCCGACUGAUUUCAGAAAAGACAGCCCGAGCCUGGGAUGUGCAAGCUCGGGUGUAACAGCUACGACAGUACCUAUCUGUUCCGAGCAUGGCCUAAAGUAGGGAGAUAGGUUCGUAAGUCUUGACAGUCACAAUGCUGAUUGCUGAUCUCGAAGACCUGAUGAAUCACCUGAGAUAGCCAAUCAUGUGUGAACAUAUUUAUUGUUGUGUAAUCCCAAUAUUUAAAGGAUACCAUUUAAUCUAUUAGCAGUUCCCGGUUUUCAAGGGACGUUUCCAUUUAUAUAGGAGAUAUUGCAUAUAAUAUCAUUGUUUCAAUUGAUAUACAGAAUAUUUUCCCGAAAUAUGUGGGAACAAACUUUGUAACAUUCCCUAUAAAUAGAGAAGGAAUCACCACUCUUAAGGGGA